UGCAGAGAGCUCAGCGCAGCGUUGUAGAAGUACACAGAUGGACUCUUCUAUGCACCAAAGACGUCUUUUAGUUUUCACAGUGUUUCCACUACUUUCCUUUUUAAGUUGAACUGCUAUUGACAAUGCAAUAAAGUGAGAAAUCAGUGUGCUGUGAAGGACACAGCCAUGGCUCCAUCUGCGGGCUCCUUCCUCUUUCUCCUGGCCCUUUCAGUUCAUCUGGUUCUCAGUGGGAAAGUGCUUGUGUUUCCCCACGAUGGAAGCCAUUGGGUAAACAUGAAGGUGCUGAUCGAGGAGCUCCACGCCCGUGGCCACAGCGUGAUGGUUGUCCGACCGGCAGACAGCUGGUACAUCCAGGAGAGCUCCCCCUACUACGGCUCCAUCACCAUAGACAGCGCGGCAGGGUCAGACGAGGCUUUCUUCAGAUCGUUCGUGUCCAGACAGCUGCAGAUUCAGAGAGAGGGUUCCUCCUUUUGGAUGCGGUUCGCCUUGGACAUGGAGCUGAAGGAGAAAUUUGCCGCUGUUCACCAGAAAAUCGGUGCGAUGGUGGCACAGAUGCUGGAGGACCCGCUGCUGAUACGGGCUCUUCAGGACGCCAGGUACGACUUGAUGCUAACGGACCCUGCCAAUGGCGGAGGCGUGAUACUGGCCCACUACCUCAAACUGCCCCUUGUCUUUAACGUCCGCUGGACUGUGCACGGUGAGGGCCAUUUUGCCAUUGCUCCUUCGCCACUUUCAUAUGUUCCGUUUCCUGUGGCCAAGCUGACCGACAGAAUGACUUUUUUGCAGAGAGUACAAAACUUUCUCACUUAUGGUUUCAGGAUGUUCCUUUACCACCGUACUGUAGGGCCACCUUAUUCAGCCUUGGUAAACAGGUUCUUUGGUCCUGAUGUAGACUACUUUGAGCUGUUUCAGGCAGCAGAUAUUUGGCUGAUGAGAGUUGAUUUCGUGUUUGAGUUCCCACGCCCCACUAUGCCCAAUGUUGUUUACAUGGGUGGGUUCCAGUGUAAGCCAGCAAAGCCCCUUCCUCAGGACCUGGAGGACUUUGUUCAGAGCUCUGGAGAACAUGGAGUCAUCAUCAUGUCCUUGGGGACUUUGGUAGGGCAGCUUCCAAGCGAUAUAGCUGAUGAGAUAGCUGUUGCAUUGGCUGAGCUGCCACAAAAAGUAAUUUGGAGAUACACUGGUGAAAGACCAUCUGCUCUGGGAAACAACACCAUACUAGUGAAAUGGCUGCCACAGAAUGACUUGUUGGGGCAUCCCAGUGUUAAGGUUUUUGUAUCUCACGGAGGUACAAAUGGUAUCCUAGAAGCCAUCUACCACGGGGUGCCACUGGUUGGCAUUCCCUUGGUAUUUGAUCAAGCAGACAAUCUUUCCAAAAUGCAAACUAAAGGUGUGGCAACAGUAGUGGACAUUGCCUCAUUGGACAGAGGUGUGUUCCUCCAGGCUUUGCAGGAGGUGCUCCAUGAGCCGUCCUACAGGGAGAACAUGCAGAGGCUCUCCAGGCUGCACAGGGACCAGCCAAUGCAGCCCCUGGACCGGGCCAUGUUCUGGAUUGAGUUUGUUAUGAGACACAAAGGUGCUGCUCACCUGCGCACAGAGUCCUACAAGAUGCCCUGGUACUCCUACCACUCUGUGGAUGUGGUGGUAUUCUUACUUACUAUUAUGACCACUUUUGUGACUGCUUUUGUGUUUGGAGUGAAGUUUCUCUGUACCAGGAUUUGUUAUAACCACAAGUCAAAACAAGACUAAUAUGAACACUUACUAACGUGAAUGUAAAUAAAAUAUAAAUGAUGACUGUAUGUAUAUUCAUAAUGAUGGAGUAGUGUCCACUGGUUUGCUGUACCGUGGGACGUGUUUCCUUUGCUGGGUAAAAUAAGUCUAAUUGUUUCACUAUAGAAAAACUGAGAUACUCUAGGGGUAAAUCCUCAUAACACCUGGGGUACUUUUCUACAAUUUACAGACAAUCUGUCCAUCUCUUGACCUUCAAUGGUGUACGAGUCAGCUGGACUGGUGGGGCAUUGGGUGCAGUACAUUGCAUUAUUUAUGAAUAGACAUUCACUAACAAAUGAAUAUGGUGUCUCUCUGAGUAUUUCAUUUUACCUCAAAGGUAGUAAACCUUUUUUUCAUUUAUUGAUUGAUUUUGGUUUCCUUUCCCUUUAAUUGUGUGCGUAUAUAUUAUAUGUACCCUUAGGUGGGUGGGAUCAGGGUUGUUGUUUGUAUAAUUUUCCUGCGAUUUUUAAUUUUUUUUUUAAGAAAAGGAAGUAUUAUUCUACUGCUAAGCAACAGGAAGGGUGGUGUCAAGUUGUGAGAGUCCUCAUUCUGCUAAAUCUAGCAAUUGCAAAAUAUUCUAACGACUGUAGCAAUUGCGACAAGCUUGCAGAGAAGAAGUCAUGAGAUGGAUCUCAGCUUCAUAAAAUCAAAUUUAGAAUGAUAACUAUGAGUCCUGUGAAAUGUCGCCUGUAAACAAUUUAAUAGCAAGACGUUAUCGUUUUGUUGUGAAUGUUAGGUGAUUGUCCAAUUUAAUUCCAAUUUUGCAGUGAUCAGAUUAGCUUGGUUAACACCAGACCACAUUUCAAAUCUCAAUUGCUAACAGGUUUGUCUGGGUUCUCCCAGGCUACAUAGAGGAUGCUCUGAUGAGGAAUCUGUUGCCACCAUCAUUACCACAGCCAAUUCAGUGAAGUUCAAAUUUAACUAUUGAAAAAUGAACUUCAAGAUGGUCUAUCGUAUCAUUUCAUUUAAAGAAUUGAAGGUGGUUAACAAGUACUUUAUGCUCAUAUUUCAAAUGUAGUGGAGUCAAAAGUACAAUAUUUGAGUACAGAUAUACUCAAAAAUCAUACUUAAAGAGGAACUAUGCAGGAUUGGCGAUUUCAUCUCUGGUUUCGGUUUCGUUUUUAGUUUUCGCUCGUUUUAUGCUUGCAUAUUUCUCUGCAGAGCUUCCCCGACAGCUUUAGCGUGUAUAUUUAUACAUAUAUAGGCUAUAUAUAUAAAUAUAUAAAUUGCAAGUGUGGUUCUUCUUGUUCCUUACGCGUCUCAGACUUCCAGAUGUAAACAGGAGACGAUCGUCUCCUGCAGAAACUGGGAGGUUGCAAUAGCGGAUAGGGACACUGGGCGGGAGGAAAUAUUACUGUUUUCGAUGAAACUGGUCAGUCAAGCAAUACAACGAUUUCUGAGCGAUUUUAUGACUAUGAAAAAGUUGCAUAGGGUCUCUUUAAGUACAGUAAUCAAGUAAAUGUACUUAGUUACUGUCCACCUCUGUUCAUUACCAAGUGGGCCAGACAGGACAACCACUGGGUCUUUGUGGGCCACCCAAAAUACGGCAUUGUUCGAAUAACUCUAUUGCUACUAUAAGAAACAAGGGUUCAUAAGUAUCCAGCUACAUUUAAUAAGUUCAGUUAAAGAUAUUCACAAACACUGGAUGUGGUGGACAUUCUUUUAUUCUGAGAUGCAUCAGUAAGCUCACAAAACGAUUCCAAACAGACAUAAGGUGCUUAUAGAGCAGGUCCAGGUUACUUGUCAAAUAAACCAGUAAAACAGUGUCAUGGGUGUCAAACUGUGUUUUUAAAAGAAAUUAGUGAAAUAGUAUCCUGACAAAUUCCGACUGGAAUUGCCGGUUUUCAUCAUCAAUUUUGCGUUUCAGAGAACAGAGACAUGAGGCUAAACAUUAGGAUUAGGUUAUGGGUUCAUAAAUUGCCACUCUGAGCACACUGACACUUUUUAACCGUGUGUUAUUCUAUUUUCACAGUGUCUGAUUGAAUUUACAAAUGCACCCAUAACCUAGGAAUUCCCUGACAGCCCAUGUGACUGCUGCAAGCCAUUGUUUACUGUUGCAGCCAAGCCAAUCACUGCAGUCGUUUUAUUUUAUUGAUGCAUGAAAGCCAGAUUUGAAAGCAGUUUGCAGGCGGCCGCAGGUAAAAUCAAACGGGCCACAUCUGGCCCGCGGACCGCUAGUUGAAUAGCCUAGUCAAGCAGCAGUAUUUAGUACACAACAUACUAAAAAACAUGGAACUGCUUUUAUUACCCAGUCGGACUGCCUGUGUAUGAAUCUUUGGCAUAGUUUUUUCUGUCUUUUUUUUUUUGCAUUUCAUUAUUUGUAUUUUGCCAUCAUUCGAGAACAAAACUGAAACUUGCCAUGAUCUAGACAAAAACAUUCAGUUUUUUUUGCACCAAUGAGUGAC